UAAAUCUGGUUUGUUUUUAUUUAUUUACAUUUAAUUGCAUUUAAUUUAAAACACAUUUAAAAGUUUUUCUUUAAUAUUUGUAUCAUAUUUGUAUCUUUGAUUUAAUAUUUGUAGUAAUCCUGUGUUCUGUGUUUCUUUCUAAAUCAACAUUUUGUUCUGUAUGGUUCUGUAUUUGUAAAUUUGAGUUAAAAUUGAGUAUAGAUCUAAUAAUUUUAGUGUUCAUUUUUUUCAUUUUUUUACGCCUCAAUUGUGUUUUUCUUCAAUGACUAUUAUUACUAACCAUCAUGAUUUAGAUAAAUUAAAAAAAUGUUAAUAACUCUACAUGAAAGUUAUUGGUUACCAAGUUAUCAAUCCUACACAUGAGGAAUUCAAAAUGUAUCCUGUUCAAAAGAAUCCUACAAAAGGAUCUUCAUCAGAACAAUUAUCUUUGGAAAAUUAUGGUAUUGAUAAUUCAUUAGAAAGUAUCAAUGAAAGUAUUAUCAAUGAUCCCAUUAAAAGACAAAAUAAUUUGGAUACUUUCUAUCCCUGUGAAAAGAGAUUAAAAUUGGAUAGAAUCAAAUCUCCCUCUAGUCAAAAUAGUAAUAUGUCCAGUGCUGAUAUUUUUGAAGAUACAUUAGAAAAUUUAAACAUAUCUGAUAUUUAUAAAAGUAAUACUACAGAUUCCAAUGUCCGAUAUAGUAACAGAACCAGUGAUUCAUUAAGCCAUCAGCAGACUAUAUUUCAAGAUGGAUUUUCUCAAGCAUUUAAUACACAAGUCAUAAAUCAUAUAGACACAGUUAUAAGCAUUGAAGAGGAGAAUAUUAACCAAAAGUUAGAUAUGAAAACAAACAAUAACAAACCUAAUCAGGUAGAUAAUUCUAAGCAAAAAACUUUAUUAGAAAGUUUACCAAAUCAAAUUCAUAACAGAUCAUUAUUAUUUAGUAAUAAAAAAGUAACAUUAGGCUACAAAAAAGAAGUUGAUGAUAUUUUUGAACAAAUAGAACAUUACAUUAGUACAUAUGGUACUAAUACAGGUGGUGAACAUACAAUUCCUGACAAAAUUUUAGAUGAUUUUUUUUCAAGUAAUCUAAAUACAACAUUAGAUAUAAAUAUUAAUGGACCACAGUUUUUUGAAAAGCAAAUACAUGAAAAGCUUCAUGGCAGUUUGAUGGCUAGUAGUUCAAGAGAUGACAGUUUACUUAAUAUUGCGGAAUCUAGCUUUGGAACUGCCCUCAAACAAACUUUGCUGAAAAAUGUUAGUAAAAAUAUGCAGUCAAACAGGGAGAAGACUCUAGAUCUAUCUUUAAGUCAUAGUUUUUCUGAACCACCUUCAAAAUUUUACAAAUUAGGGGAUUUUUAUGACCUACCAGAUAAAGUAGCAAAUUUAAUAAAGCAAUAUAAAGGAAUUGAUAAAUUAUAUGAUUGGCAGAAUGAAUGUUUAAAUUUAGCAAUUCAAAAUAGAAACAACUUGAUAUAUACACUACCUACUAGUGGUGGUAAAACCUUAGUAGCCGAAAUUCUUAUGCUAAGAGAAUUAUUAUGUUUCCAACAAAAUGCUAUUUUUAUUUUGCCAUAUAUAGCAAUUGUUCAAGAAAAGGUGUGGGACUUCUCUCCGUUUGGCGUUGCAUUGGAUUUUUUAGUAGAGGAAUAUGCAUCCAGUAAAGGUGUAUAUCCACCGCGAAAACGAAGAAGGAAACAUUCUGUAUAUAUAGCUACAAUUGAAAAGGCUUUAGGAUUAGUUAACAGUCUUAUAGAAACAAACAGACUGAAUGAAAUAGGACUUGUAGUCAUUGAUGAAUUACAUUUAAUAGGAGAUCAAGGCAGAGGAGCAGUUUUAGAAACUCUUCUAACAAAAUUAAUGUUUUUAAACGCAAACAUUCAAAUCAUUGGUAUGAGCGCCACUAUCGGAAAUAUUAAAGAUAUUUGUGAUUUUUUAAAAGCGAAAGUAUACGCUAAAGAUUUUAGGCCCGUUGAUCUUAUGGAAUAUGUUAAAUGUGGAACGGAAAUGGCUAAAAUCAACUGGAAUUGUAAAAACGAGGAAGAUCUCUUCACCAAUAUAAAGAAUGUUGAUUAUAAUUAUUCAGAGUCGUUCAAACAGCUGGAUCCUGAUAUGCUAUGUGGUUUAGCUUUAGAAAUUAUUCCAAAGGAUUCUUGUCUGAUAUUUUGCGCUUCAAAAAAGAACUGCGAGAAUGUGGUUAAUCUUUUAUGUAAAUUAGCUAGACCAGACUUAAAAAAUCACAGAAAAGUGGAAAAAGAUCAACUUUUACAAGCCUUGAAAUCAGAAGCCGGCGAACUUUGUGAUAUAUUAAAACUGUCUGUUCCAUUUGGUUUUGCUUAUCAUCAUUCCGGGUUGACCGGUGAUGAGAGAAGACUCUUAGAAGACGCGUUUAGAUCUGGAACGAUAUGUGUCAUUUGUUGUACUUCUACGUUAGCAGCAGGUGUCAAUUUACCAGCGAGAAGGGUAAUUAUUAGAUCCCCUUAUGUAGGCAGGGAAUUUAUUACUCUGUCAAAGUACAAACAAAUGGCAGGCAGAGCUGGUCGAGCGGGGUUGGGAGAAACAGGCGAAAGCAUUAUAAUAGCACAAACAUCUGAUAUGCCAAAGGUCAAAAAACUUCUGUUGAGUCCAAUGAAUCAAGCAAUAUCAAGCUUACAUGAAUUAGAUGGCAGGGGUUUAAGGCAUUUGCUCUUGAGUUGCAUAAGUUUGGGAAUAGCAAACACAAGAUCACAAUUACAAAAUGUAUCCAACUCCACUCUGAUGGCCGUACAGAUCGAAAAAUUAAACGUCAACAUUAAAAAACUAACCGAUAACGUUAUAAAAAGUCUAUUUAAAUUAGGCGCUUUAGAGGAAAGUUGUUCAAAAGGAAAAGAAACAGAUCUAGGGCUUAACAUCUCCGUCAAACUGGAUACGUCAUCGGUUGGAUUAAGCAGUAGUCCCUUUAACACACCCUUAACAGAUGUUGCCAGCAAUCCUACUAAACCUAAAAGAUCUGUUGUCUUAACCAGCAAUACAAAAUUGGUCGUCAGCAAUUUGGGUUGUGCAGCAAUAAAAGGUGGUUUAGAACUAUCUAGGGCUCACCAGCUUUAUGAUGAUCUUUAUAAGGCCCAAAAGAGUUUGGUUUUAUUGAAUUGUUUACAUUUACUAUACCUGGUAACACCAUAUGAGACUUCAGACCAAGUGAGACCUAAUAUACAAAUUUAUCAUGAAGUGCUUACACAGUUAGAUGAAAAAGAACAGCAAACUUCUAGAAUAUUGGGAUUUGAUGAAGGUGUUAUAUUAAAAAUGACAACUGGACAGGUGCCAAAGCAAAUACCAGAAAGAGUCCUCAAUAGGUUUUAUGUGACGCUUAUUCUUUAUGAUUUAUGGAAAGAAUCCCCCGUUUUCAAAGUGUCUAACAAAUUUCAAAUCCAUCGAGGAAUCGUACAGAAUUUGAUGACGACAUCCGCUACUUUCGCCUCAAACGUAGUUAAUUUUUGUGAUCAGUUAGAAGAAUUUUGGUCAUUUUCUUAUUUGCUAAAAGGGUUGAGUCAAAGGUUGUCUCAUUGCUGCGUUAAAGAAUUAUUACCUCUUAUGGAUUUACCAUCGGUAAAACAGACUAGAGCUAAACAACUGUACAAUGCCGGUUAUAGAAACCUCCAGAGCAUCGCAAAAUCUACUAUAGAUGAGUUAGUCCAGAAUAUAGAAUUCCUUUCAAGGGGAGUCGCUGCUCAGUUAAUAGCAGCUUCUAAGAUGCUCUUGCUAGAAAAAGUAGAAAAUCUACGGGAAGAAGCCGAAGAUGUCUUAUAUGGUGACGAAAAUCCUCUUAAUGCAUUAGAUCUUCCUAAUAUUCCAUGAUAGGUAUUGUUAAAUUAUUCUUUUUUUAACGUUUUUGCAAUUAAGUUUAUUAUUUGUUAUUUAGAAAACUUUUUAAUUUAUAUAAUUUAAUGUAUGCGAAUUUUUUUUAUAUUAAUA